UGUCAAUAUGAGAGACAUGACAGAAUAUUACAUUACAAGAACUGUCUGAUAUGAAGGCCUUCAGGGGCCCAAGUGCCCCAUGUGACCAAAAGACUUCCCGUUUUAGGAGCUGGCACAGUCUGGUACUGAUAGUUUUUUUUACUACGAACAAGAGUGUGGCUUGGCACCGUCUUGCUGGAAUAAGCAGGGACAUCCCUGACAGAUGUGGCACUGUGUGUUUUCAGAGACACUAACAUUAAAAAGACUUGAUUAAAAUAUCUUGCCCCCCAUUUAAAAUUUGAACUCAUUAAAAACAGCUAAGGACUUUAAAACAUGUUAAAAAGGAUUGUUUUGAUAUUUCCUGUGUGAUUUCAUGUAUUUUCUAGCAGGCCUGGUUAUGUUUUACAUGGUUGAAGUAUGGGUCAGCAGAGGGCGCUGUGUGCAUUGGGUAUCAAUAACCGACGUCAGUCACUGGUAGAGUGAGACGUCAGGUAGUACCUAUACAGUCUAUGGGUAGUACGAGUGAUGCAGAAACAACACAGAAGCUAAGGACUGGUAUUGAUGUGUUUUUGUUACUGUUCCUACAGGCAGGCGUAGAGGAACUUGGAAUAGGACGCAAGAGCAGUGCAGAUAAAGGAACACACAUAGGACGGCAGAACAGAGAGAGAGAGGAGGAGAGAGAGGACAUACAGUCAGGCUCCAGCCAGAACAGCGUCUCAGUGACUAACCACUGACUCCCUGUUAUGCAGCAGAACUGAUGAUUCAACACACUAGAGGCACCAUGGCAGCUGGAUUGAGGCUGAUGAUCUUGCUAGUGUUGCUGCUGUGUUGUUGGCAACUGACUGCAGGCAAAGAAGGAAAAUCCAAGGGAAAGAAAGGCAAGCAAGUUGUGUGUCCAUCCCAGUUGUCCCCAGAAGACUUGGCCCAGGUUCCACCCAACUCCACCUCUAACAUUUUGAAUCGUCUGAUGGUCAGCUAUGACCCAAGAAUAAGGCCUAACUUUCAAGGUAUCCCAGUUGAGUCCAGAGUGAACAUCUUCAUCAACAGCUUUGGAUCCAUUCAGGAGACCACUAUGGACUAUAGAGUGAACAUAUUUCUUCGUCAGAGAUGGAAUGACCCUCGCCUACGACUUCCCACUGACUUCAAGAGUGACGCACUAACUAUUGACCCCAACAUGUUCCAGUGUUUGUGGAAACCAGACCUUUUCUUUGCCAAUGAGAAAAACGCUAACUUCCAUGAUGUCACACAGGACAACAUUCUGCUCUUCAUCUUCAGGAACGGAGAUGUCUUGAUUAGUAUGAGGCUGUCAGUGACGCUGUCUUGUCCCUUGGAUCUUACACUCUUCCCAAUGGACACACAGAAGUGUAAGAUGCAGCUGGAGAGCUUUGGCUAUACCACCAGUGAUCUUGUGUUCAUGUGGCAGUCUGACCCUGUUCAGAUGGAUGAGAUUGCUCUCCCUCAGUUUGACAUCAAACAAGAAGACAUAGUAUAUGGAAACUGCACAAAGUACUACCAAGGAACAGGAUACUACACCUGCGUUGAAGUGAUUUUUACAUUGCGUCGGCAGGUUGGUUUCUACUUGAUGGGAGUUUAUGCUCCAACUCUAUUGAUUGUUGUUCUGUCCUGGUUAUCAUUCUGGAUCAACCCUGAUGCCUCAGCUGCAAGGGUACCAUUGGGUAUUUUAUCAGUGCUUUCUCUGUCCAGUGAGAGUAUGUUAUUGGCCUCAGAGCUACCGAAGGUUUCAUAUGUAAAAGCCAUCGAUAUCUGGCUCAUUGCCUGUCUACUUUUUGGGUUUUCAUCGCUUGUGGAAUAUGCUGUGGUACAGGUGAUACUCAACAGUCCCAAACUGAUUGAGGAAGAGAAAGCCAAAAUGGCAACGAAAGAGAAAGCUUUGCAAGAGAAAGAGGGAAAAAAGACUUCAAAUAAAACUAACAACACAGUGAAUGGGACUGGUGGAACGCCCAUACAUGUCAACACUCUGCAGCAGGUGGUAGAAACUCGCUGUAAGAAAGUUUGUACCUCCAAGUCGGACCUUCGCUCCAAUGACUUCAGCAUCGUGGGAUCUUUACCUCGAGACUUUGAACUUUCCAACUUUGACUGUUAUGGAAAACCAGUUGAAGUGUCUGGGGCCCUCAAAUCCCAGAACAAAGCCAACAAGAAACCCCCACCACCCAAACCCGUCAUACCUGCUGCUGCCAAACGCAUUGACCUCUAUGCAAGAGCCCUCUUCCCCUUCUCCUUCCUUUUCUUCAAUGUGGUUUACUGGUCUGUCUAUCUGUGAGGGGGAGAAGAGGAGAACAAAAUGAAAAGAACGUGGUUUGUAUCCUGUAGUUGAGACUACAGGAUACCACAUUGGCACUGCAUUGAACUUACAAAUGACAUAGCAAAUUCAUAUGCUGAACUAUAUACUUUUAAAAGCAAGAAUCACAACAUUUCAGAGCCAUGUUUGCAGAGCUGCAGAGACCUCUGUGGUCCCUGAGAGUUACUGCAAAUCACCAGAACUACAAAACCUCGAGGCCGCUGGUUUGAGUCCCCUUUAAAUCCAGGCAUUAAGUAGGCACUGCAUGUGUGUCUCAGUCUGAUACAGGACAUUGUGUUUCAUGUAAACUAAACCCUGCUGUGGUGACAUCAAUACACCUACGCUGUGCAUUAGUAAUACAUGCUUUUCACUGAGGGUAGGAUUACUGGUUACACUUUAUUCAAAGUUAUAGAACUCCAAAUUGGCAAAUAAUAACUAAAU